AUGGUAAAGAGGAUAAUGUGGUGUGGAAGUUUUGAUAGUAAAGGUGUUUUUUCUACUAAAUCUGUUACGCAGGUCCUACAAUCGGAGACUCUGUCAGACGAGAUAACGAGCUACAGUUUCACAAGUUCAAUUUGGAGAGGAGUGGUGCCUCUGAGAAUUGAGCUUUUUGGAUGGUUUGUGAUUGUUGGUAGAGUUAAUACCAAAGAGAGGUUGAGUAGACUAGACGUUGUUAUUCACAAUGAUAAUAUAUGUGUCCUAUGUAAGAAGGAGAUAGAAUCUGUUCAACAUUUAUUUAUUCUAUGUGAACUAACAUGGAAGGUGUGGUGCAGUUGGUUAUGGUCUUUUGGUGAAGAUUGGGCUAUUCCUGGAACCAUCAGAGAACUGUUUGAGAGUUGGACUGGCAUGUACAAGCGAAAACAAGAGCAGAAGAAGUGGCUGACUGGGUUUUUUGCAGUGGUUUAG